AUGGCUUCGGCGGCGGCGCGGCGGCAGAUCUUCGCGAUGGGCGAGCCGCUGCUGCGGCAGGCGCGCGGCGCCAUAACUGUGCAGCUCUGGCGGAGGGCCGCGUGCAUGGUGCAUGCUUGCCUGCCCCGCCUCUCCGCCGACGAGGCGGCCGCCGCUCUCGCCCGCGGACGGGCAGCAGUACCCGUGGAGGAGCUCGGGCGAACGGCCGACGACGACGCCGCGGCGGACGACGACGCGGCGGGGCCUGCUGGCACGGCGGCCGAGGAGGCCGCAGGCGCGGCGGUGGGCCCGCGGCGGCAGUUCGUCAGCGCAUGCGGCCUGGCCGGGCCCGGCGAUGGCCGGCACAGCCACGGGCGUCGCCGAGGUCGUGGCCGCGUUCGAGGCGCUGGCCUGCGCGGCGGGCGCGGCGGGCGCAGCGGCUGGUCCCAGAGCCGCGGGUGGCGUCGCCGGCCUGGCAGAGGAGCUCGAUUCCCCAGCCCUGGCUCAGGAGAGCCAGGGCCGGUGGCCGCGUCGGCUGGUGGGGUGGGCCUGGAGGCGAGCGCGGCGGCUGGCGGCGAGGUCCGGGGCGACGUUGCCGGCCUGGCGGGGGCGCUCGCGGGGCUAGCUGGAGCGGCUGCCGGCGCGGAGCCCGGCCUGGGCGCUGCAGGCGAGGCCCCCGCCGGGCGCUCGCGGUGUCGGUUCGCGGCCUUGCGGCUCGUCUACGGACGCGGCCCGCAGCGAGAGCCGUCGCGAGCGGGUUGA